AUGACAACGUCUCCAUCUCUUAUCUCCACUCUGGGUAAACGUGAACAGCGUGAUGCGCUCGAGACAAACGACACGAAAAAGAAACGUACAAAGAACGAUCCUCUCAAGAAGGAUCUAAGCGACGAAGCGGCAGAAAUUUCAUCUGGUUCUCAAAACGGGCUGGAGCAGUUGCCUGUGUUAACAGAUGUCGUGCAACCCGUUGAAUUGAUCAUAACGAGCGGAGAAGCUACAGGACUGAACGCCGCAGUUUCAGCUACAGUCGAACAAAUUGAAGAACAGCUUCAAGCGUCACCACCCAAGCCACGCAAAGGCCGACGCGUCCGCAAGACAAACUUAGAAAAAAUGGAGAUUUUGGCUUUUGUCGAUCAAGGAGGCUCACAAGGAGCAGCUGCCGAAAAGUUUGGCGUAUCACGUACGGCAGUGACCAAAAUGGUUAAAGAACGCGUAGCCAUUUCUGCCCAAGCACUCAUGGAAAGUGCAACAAGCAGUCGAAAAGUAUUGCAAUACCAACACAAGCUGAGUGUGAUUGAAGAUAUGCUUUACAAGUGGCAGAUGCAGGUCGAAUUGAAUGCACCAACAUUUAAAGUAACAGGAGAAUUGUUGCAGUCUAAAGCAGUGGAAUUUCGCAAUAAGAUCUUAGCCGAUUAUUGCAGUGAACUGUCGGAUGAUGUUAUCAUGUCACUUACAGACUUUAAAGCAUCCAAUGGAUGGCUACAUCGGUAUAUGCAACGACGUAGUAUGAGGUCACUGUCGAAACACACACCAGCGGGAGGAAUGCUCAUUGGAUCAGACAGGAUGACAAGUGAUCAGCGUGUACAAAAGAUACGUGAUGUACUUAUGAAUAUUACGUCAAAUUGCAUAUGGAGCUUGGAUGAAUUGACGCUACAUCAUUGUUCGACAACGUCAAGACUUGACUCAGUUGUUAAUUUGGACGUACGUAGUCUAGCUCGGAUUUCCGUGGCAAUGGCAGUGAGUGCAUCGGGGGAAAAAUUGCAUUUGCAAGUAGUUGGAAAGGAUCCGACCCCCGAAUCACUAAAGAGUGUGGAUACAUUAACGACGUACGGAGUUGAAUAUCGCGAUCACUUUCGCGCUACCCAUGACGCACAAGCAAUUGCAACUUUUAUCCACGCAAUGAACCAUGAAGCAACAUCAAGGAACCAGGUGUGGUACGUGGUUGUGGAUAGCUGUACAACUCACAUUUCCGCGGCUCACAUAUUAAAUCCGUCAGGAUCGUUUCGAAAUGGUUUUAGCUUCAACUCAAUUGUGCUUCUGUUUUUACCUUCAGAAUCUACCAAAAGUGUGCACCCACUCCAUCAAGGCAUAAUGGAUACAUUUAAAUUACGCUUUCGUCGUGCGAUGCUCCGGACACUCCUUCAUGAGUACGAUCAAUGGGCAGAGGUGACGAAUCGGACAAGUGAAGAGGAAGAAGAGCUACAAGGUGAUGUUUUUGAUGUUCACGCUCAUACUCAUAUGCGUAACACACUGAGCUGGUUGCACGCGGCAUGGGAAAGCGUGCCUGCCAAGCUAAUUCGUAACGCGUGGACCUCAUCCUUAUACCUAUCUGCACUCGAACCUGGUGAAGUCGAAUAUGGUACAGCGCUUGGUAACGAGGAAGAUAUUUCUGCUUAUGCUGAGCUUGUAUCCCAAAUGAGUCAGAAGCCAGCCCUCCAGAAGGCACUUGGAAUUGAAUUCGUAAAAUCUCCUAUUCAACUCAUGACGGAAUUGCUAGAGUUUGAUAAGUGUGAAGUCACUGGAGAAAAUGAGGUAGUGAAAGACAAUGACAUAGUGAUCGAAAGCCUAGCUGCGCAAGGGCUUCUUCGUGACACACCGAGAGCAUCAUUGAUGGAAAGUAUUAAAAGUGAUGGUAUGUCAGUUGUCACGGCACGAGAGGCGACAUUGUCACUUAACCAGCUGCUGCAAUUUAUUUCACAAGAAAGUGACAAUUUGCUGACGCAGCCGGAACGACGAACGGGUCGUGCAAAUCUACUUAUUUUGCAGCGUCUGCUGCUUAAAGCUUGCGAGAGAGAACUUGAAGGAGAAGCCGCAACGGACUUCACAGUGUAG